UGGGGGCCUAUUUGAGGGGUGUGGAAGUGGCCCGACCAUAGAGUCCCAGGCAAGCCCAGGAAAGGGGCCGGACAACCUCCAAAGAGGCGGGGGAGGGAGCAGGAGAGGGAGUGCUCACAUCCAAGCCUUUAUAUUGAGAAGUCAACAUGCGACCCCCAUACACAAAGCUCCCAGGAGACAAAGAGAAGCUAGGCCCCCACUCCAGACCAGCACACGGCUUGUAGAGCUCUCGUCCUUCCCUUUGGCCUCCUGGGAACUCUCCAAAGGCUAUCGCCUCACAGGCUCACGACAAUGGCGCCCCCCAAUUCUUGCCUCCUGGUGGCCGCCGCGUCUUCAGUCCGGACGGUCCUGCUCGGCUUUCUCCUCCUCUUCCAGGUGUCCUUCACUUCAGGUACUUCAGAUAUCGUGUUGGCACGAAAUAUAACCUGGAAAUCCACUGACUUCAAGACCUUAUUGGAAUGGGAACCCAAACCAGUCAAUUAUGUCUACUCUGUUGAGAUAAGUACCAGAUGGGGAAAUUGGAAAAAGAAAUGUUUCCAAAUUAAUAGAACAGAAUGUGAUCUCACAGAUGAGAUGAAAAAUGUGAGGGAAACGUACACUGCUCGGAUCCUUUCUGAAAAACCAGUCAAGUCGGAUGGGGAUCCUGAAGAAUCCCUGCAUGCUAACACACCUGACUUCACACCUUACCUAGACACAAACCUCGGGCAGCCAAGAAUUCAGGAUUUUAAACAAAAUGGCACAAAGUUGAAAGUGACAGUUCAAGAUUCCAUUACUUCAUUUAGAGAAAAUGGGACCUUCCAAACCCUCCGUCAGGUUUUUAACCAGGAUCUAGCGUAUAUACUUUAUUACUGGAGGGCUUCAAGUACGGGAAAGAAAUCAGUAAAGACGGACACAAAUGAAUUUUUGGUUGAUGUGGACAAAGGAGAAAGUUAUUGUUUCAACAUUCAGGCUGUCAUUCCAUCUCGGAAAACCAAGCAGAAGAGUCCAGAAAGCACAAUCCGUUGUACCAGCGAAGACAAAGCUGUGUCUAAAGAAUUGUUUUUCAUAGUUGGAGCUGUAAUCUUUGUCGUCAUCAUUCUUGUCAUCGUUAUCCUCUCAGUGACACUAUACAAAUGUUCAAAAUCAAGAGGUAAACGUGAUAGGAAGGAAAACUCACCGCUCAACGUUGCGUGAAGGAGGCACCAUGGUUACCACCAACUACUGCAGAAGCAUCUUCCUGUGAUAGGAAGGCUAAUGGUACUUGGAAGACAACUCAACUCUGGGGAGAAUUGCUAUGGUAGAGCUUGGGGAAGGUGGCCUUCGAGUUCAAAGGGGGAAAAAGAAAAUCCUCUUUAUUUCUUACCGCACUCAACAUUCCUAUUUAGGUAUCUCCCUAAUUCGCUUUGGAAAUCAGUGAAUGGUACAGCCAGAGUCUCAAAUUGUCUUGUCUUUUCUUUUUUUAAAACACUAUCACUCCUGAAUUUGUCAGAUUUUUAGACUUUCUAAUCUUCUCGAAAGUUGUUGAAAUCUGGUCUCCAGGUUUUUGAAGCACAAGAUGGAAUUUGGAAUAGUCAGUGAGAGGCUGACUUGAAACCGUGUAAGAAAGCAGCCCCUACCAUUGGUAGAUUUGUUUCUACCACGCGUCAAGUCUUGAUUUCUGCAUCCUGCAGGUUUGGAGAGACUGGGGUUUUCAGAGCUGCAUUUUUAUAAGACUUGUGGUGUUUGUGCUGGUCACAUUCUUCCUUUUCCUAUCUCUGCUACUUUGUAAAUAUAGCAAAGGAAAAGCUAGACACAAGAGGAAGGAAAACUUCUCCAUUCGCCUAAAGGAAGCAUCAGCACAACUGAUGACUACUAGAAAUGCUGCAUAAGGACCAGACUGACAUGAACCUGUUUGUUAUGGACACUUUGAAACCAGUGGCCUGAGUGUUGGGCACCAUUCUAAUAUGCCAUGAGGUUUAGCACUUUAACAGACCUGAAUGAUGUUGUUUAAACACUUGACA